UUAAGGCAAACUCCAUCUAUGAUCAUCUAUUGGUUAUAAAAUUGCUGUUUCUUAAACUCAAAUGUUGGUUACUGCACUUUAAUCGGAUUACGUAUAGAAGCGUCAUAAAAUCAAUGCAAACAAUGAAUAAGGUAAAAAAUUCCAUACACUGUAUGGAGGAAAUAUAACAAUUUUACUUUCGGUUUUGUAUUUCCAGAAAAACUAUAUACGUGAUCACAAGAUGGCAGAUAAUGGGGAAGUAAAUCAAAAUGAAAGAGAGCGAAUGGUCAGAGAGCUUAAAUUUUUGUAUAAGGGACGAUUCAAUGAUGAAGAAGCGAGAAGAAUUUUCGAUCAUGUGAAAUGGGAUAGGGAAAGAGGUUUGAAGUUCGUUAGUGAAAGUGAAUCGUCUGAAGUGAGGAGAAUAAUAGGACAAUCAGAGGAUACAAUAAAUGCUAUUAAAACAGAUCCGACUAUCAUCGAUCUUCUAAAGAAUGGUAUCAAGAAAGAAACCCGACAGUUUGCUUGUGAAGCAUGUGAUCAUGCCUGGUGGAGAAAGGUGCCCAUGUCAAAAGAGGUAUCAAAAUGCAGAAAGUGUAACAAAAAAUAUGAUCCAGUUCCACGGGAAUUCGAAUGGGGAUGGGCAUCUUAUGACUGUAAAUGUGGCCAUGAGUUUAGUGGUGCAGGGCAAAAGAACACUAGUGCACCUUGCUAUAAAUGUGAAAGAUCAGUUGAUCCAACGGGAAUAAAGCCGUUUUGGAGACGUCGUGGAAGGAAAUCUGACAACCAGCAUUGCUGUGACGCACCAGAUUGCACUGGACAUGAUCCAGUACGUAUUCAUGAUGUUGACCCAGAUAGAAUAUACGAUGAUGGUACUGAUAACAGCAGACCUGUAAAGUUCUCCCGGCCAGUGGAACUUGACGAUGUGACGGGACAAGUAGAAAAUCUUCACGUUAGAAAUGAGUCUGUUCGAAAUGUUAAUUUACAGCGUAACCCCAUCACGCCAAGAAGACAAAGUGGAAUCAGUACAUGUGUGAGUCCUGAAUCUAGAGUAAACAAAAAGAAAGUGGUUUAUCCAAGUGAACCCCACAUAAGUACGGGAUCAACCAUAGCUACAUUCCUUUCUCAGAGUGAGAUAGCAUCAUCAUAUUUUCCUAGCCUGGCUUCAAUUCCAGAACAUCAAGGCCGAGGUGGUCGUGGUCGUGGUCGUGGAGGGCGAAGAUAUUAAUUUUGCUUAAUCAUAUUUAAUAUUUAUUGGUUUCAAAUACAGUCAACUAAUAGUUUUAAUUGAAAAUACUAGUACAAAGCAUUAUGUUAUUGAUUUUUUAAUUCAGCAUUUCUUCAUUUCUCAUUAUCUCUGUUAAGUGUCUUAAUUUCAUUUCCGCAGCAUGUAAUGAUAUAAUUUUGAUAAAAUAUUCAAUACAUCACAAAUGGCUCGUUUAUGUUUUCAUUUUGUGAUGUUUUGAUUUUUACUGCCAGUUCA